AUUCUAUAUGUUCAGUAAUUAGAGAAAAGUUUUUUUUUUAAUUAAUAAUAAAUAAUUAAUACAAGGAGAUUUGUGGGAUAUGUUUAAAAGUAAUAUCGUUCUUAUUUUGUAGUGAAAAAAGAAAUAUAACAUGGCAUUGCGUACUUACGGAGAUAAACCUAUAAGUUUUCAAGUAGAGGAAAAUGGAGAAUAUUAUUGUAUUGGCUCCGAAGUGGGCAAUUAUUUGCGACUCUUUCGUGGGUCGUUGUAUAAACGUUAUCCUGGUAUGUUUAGAAGGUCUAUAACUAAUGACGAACGUAAAAAAUUAGUUGAACUUGGAUUAAGCCAGCACGUACUUGCAUCAAGUGUAUCACUUUUAAGAGCAAGCGAAGUAGAAGAUAUUAUUGAAGGUAAUGAUGAUAAGUAUAAAGCUGUAUCAGUACAUUCUACUGAACCACCUGCGCCUAGAGAAGGAAAAUCUAAAAAGUCAAUGGCAUGGGUUCCAAGUUUGCCCAACAGUUCGCAUUUAGAUGCAGUACCACAGGCUACACCUAUCAAUCGAAAUAGGGUUCACAAUAAAAAAGUCAGAACAUUUCCAUUGUGUUUCGACGAUACAGAUCCAUCUGCCAAUUUAGAAAAUGCAGCACAACAAGAAAUGUUGGUUCCCAUACGUUUGGACAUGGAAAUAGAAGGUCAAAAAUUGAGGGAUACUUUUACUUGGAAUAAAAAUGAAAGUCUUAUAACACCGGAACAAUUUGCGGAGGUAUUAUGCGACGAUUUAGAUUUGAAUCCAUUAACUUUUGUUCCUGCGAUAGCUCAAGCUAUAAGACAACAAAUAGAAGCCUUCCCACAAGAAACUAUUUUGGAAGAACAAUGCGAUCAAAGAGUAAUCAUUAAAUUGAACAUACAUGUCGGUAAUACAUCCUUAGUAGACCAAGUAGAAUGGGACAUGUCGGAGAAAGAAAAUAAUCCUGAAAAGUUUGCCAUGAAAUUAUGCGCCGAAUUAGGACUCGGUGGAGAAUUUGUUACGGCUAUUGCCUAUAGCGUUCGUGGUCAAUUAUCAUGGCACCAAAGAACGUAUGCAUUUUCUGAAGCGCCGUUACCAACAGUAGAAGUACCAUUUAGACCUCCGUCCGAAGCCGAUCAGUGGGCUCCAUUUUUAGAAACUUUAACCGACGCGGAAAUGGAAAAGAAAAUAAGAGAUCAAGAUAGAAAUACUCGGCGUAUGCGAAGAUUAGCAAAUACCACACCUGGAUGGUAAAUAACAUGGACCAUUAUUAUUUGAGAUAAGGAACAAUGUUUAUUUCAUAUAUUUGUUUA